AUGGUUCUAUACUAUGGAGCACACAUCAGACAACAGAAAUCGCCUGAAAGACCUUUGCGAGUAGACGAACUUCUUCAUUGCAUCCACGUUCAAGAGGAAUCUUCGACGCCAUCAGCUUACAUGAGCUGUCUGGGAGAUCGCAUUUCGUUCCGACCAGCUCUUCUCAGCUUUAUGGUACGGUUCCAGAAAUGGUAUCGGGGAGCUCAACAUCAACCGAACCUCGACUUGGCAGGUUUGAAAGACGAAUGCAGAAAGAGGCGCUGCAAAGAAAACGCUGCCCGUUUUAACACCGAGGAAGAAGUUCGCUUCUGCAUCUGUGGAGACAAUAUCCACGUACAAUUCUGUGUUGCCCGCACUGCCGCUGAAUUCAGCCAGAAGAAGCUCCUGAGAAGGAGGUUUGGUAGUCAGCUGAAACGUGAUCGUGAGAACGAAUAG